CAUACAUUGUCUCACUGAGUAAAUGAUUCCAAUUGAGGUGAACACCCCAAGCAUCUUAUUUGAUGACUGAGUUGCAGAGGUGUAAUUGUUGGAUAGCUGUGAGUUUUUUUCACCCCCACAGGCUUUUAGUUUGGCGCCUUUCAGCAUGUUUACUAUUUUCCUCAGCGUGCCACACGGUGGCGAUGAAGGGCAAAGCCAGUCGGAUGCCCUACCAUUUUACAGACGGAAAUCGCAGAAGAAAAUGUGUAUCUGCGCAGUGUGCGUAUUUGUCUGAACGCGACCAAAACCUUCUGCACAAAUAUUUGCUGCUUGCAAAUUUUCUUUCAGUCUUUUACAUACUAUUGGAACCGAUAAUUAUUGUGUUGCUGUGCUGAGUCGUGUUUUUUGCAGCUGCAUGCACGCGUUGGUGUUUAGCUGCUUCGGCUGUAGACAAUGCAACGGAAUGCAAGUAGGGUAAUGGCUGGUUAGCUUACCCUCUUGUCCCGGAGACAUUACAUGGACUCCUGUUACGACGCACCAUGAUGGCGGGCCUGCUGGAGACCUGAAACCCACACGCAGACAGCCGUGCUCCGUACUUUUUGAGGAUAAACUAAAACGCUGGCUGGUUGAUGGUUGCGUUUUGACGCCAUUUAGCAAUUCUCGUUUGCAGCACGAGGGGAUAAAAACGUUCUGGUAGUUGGCUACUACUGAUUAUUAGGCCUACAAUCCUUUCACCGCUGCUUAGAACAGAGCAGUUUUUUUUUGUAAUUUUGGAAACCUGUGCCAAGAUAGACAAUGUUCAAAAAUUGGGGAAAGCGUAACAAAUAUGGCACGGCGCCAAAGCGCAUCGACAGAACACAGACGCGCCAGCCAUUUUUGGAUGACAGUGACGAGGAGUCGUUGGCCAGCACCACAAGUGUGAGUUGUUCGGAGAGCGACUUUGAAAGUUAUCCCAGCGGCUCAGAUGCUUCGGGGGACUCGGAUUCCGCUGCGAAACGCAAGAGCGCCAAGAAGAGUACCAAGAAGACCGCAAAGAGCUCUGACAGCAAGAGCUCUGAUAGCACCGACGACAGUAGCGAGAGCGAGGAGGAGAAGGUGGUUCCACGGAAGGGGCGCAAACGACCCUCCAAAAAAGCGUUGAAUGACAGCUCGAGUGAUUCAGACAGCGAGUAUGAAGCACCGGUCAGAAAAACGGACUCAACCAAAAAGUUUAAGAGAAUAAAAACAGACGAGGACACCAAGAGAAUGGAUGCCAAACGGAAGGAACGUCAACGCAAACUCGCUGAACUGGUGCAGAAGAGAAAGCAAGGCGUCUCCAGGCAGAACCGAAGGCGUCGGGCUUCACCUGGGGAUUCAGAGGAUGAGGAGCCGGAGAAAUCCGCGGAGGCUGGUGAGGAGAAAGAAGGCGAAAAGGACGACAAGAAAAAGGAGGAAGAAGAGAAUAAAGAGAAAGAGGACGACAGUGAGGAGGAGGAUGCAGCCCCCACAAUGAAACGCAGCAGUGACGAGGAGAGCGACGACAGCCUCAAAGACUUCAUAGUGGAAGAUGAGAAGGCGCCGACAGGUGACGAAGCAGAAGACGCAAAGGACAGCCUGCUUGCUCAGCUUCCAUCCCAGUUCAUCACCAAAUCCCCCCUCUUUCACUUUCAAGUGGUGGUGAAGUCUUUCCUGAUCAAUGUUUUAGAUGAAAACUUUCUCGAGUCCCUGUACAGUGGCGAGCGCACCAAGCGUUACGCGCAGGAGAUGAAGGACUCUUUGCUCUACUUUGAUGAGAGACUGGUCCUCCCGCGACUGGAAAACCUGAAGCUGAGGAGCCGUUGGAAGGAGCGCUACAAAGACCGAGUGGAGUGCUACCCCGAGGUGAGCGUCAAGCUCACCGAAAGCGUGAAAAGGUGUGAGGCCUGCGAGCUCGACCGCACCGGGCGUUUCAACGUGACGCUCUCCGGCCAGCUGUACCACGCGAAAACAUUGCUGGAGGACCAGUUUAUGCCCGAAGACAAGCAGCGCUUCUGCGUGGGCUCUGUUUGCGCCAACCGAACUGAGGUGUACCACGCACUCAAGCACUUCAAGUACCACCUGUUCGUGGGAUGCCGCAAGAUGAUUGAGGAACACACUAAGAAAAUGAAGGAUGGAGGAGAGCAGGGGGAGAAGGGGGAGGAGGAGGAGCCGGUCAAAGAGACUGUGAAGAAAGUGUUUGCCUCCCUGCUUCAGAACGGCUGGAUUAACGAGCAAUACGACAGUCUGCAAGAGCAUCUCAACAAGGCAGACUUUUUCCAAGAAGAGAAGUUGGAUUGAAUUGUCAUUAAUGGACGUUUUCUUGUACAUAGGCUUUUGUUUUAAGUGUCCAAAAAGAACUCCUCUCUACAUACACAUACGUCUCUCUGCAUACACACUGAUGACACCCAAAUGUGCUUAACAAGGAUUCCGGUUUGAAAAUGUCUUUUAAAAGUGCGUAACAGCUGUUCAUCAUUUAUGCUUGGAACAUUUAAUACACUUUAGCCAAUAGCAUUUGGUAUUUUAAUGACAAUGAGGUAAUGGUACUCUUUAAAAAACCUUUCAUAAUUAAUGAACUGUCCUUUUCAUUUAUAUAUAACAUUACCGAAUGUAGGAAGGGUAAUCCAGUACAUUUUCUCUUUAUUAAAAAUGAUUCCUUAAACACA